AUGGCCACCAAGGACACGAUGCAGGCUGUCGUCUUCAAAGGCAAGCUUCAGGUCGCGGUCGAGCAGAGACCGAUCCCCAAGAUCCAGGAUCCGCAAGAUAUUAUUGUCAAAGUAAGAUAUACUGCGCUAUGUGGCAGUGAACUGCAUCUCUUCCGUGGCCACGAACCGGCCGAACCAGGGUUUAUCAUGGGCCACGAAUUCACCGGUGAAGUGAUUGAGCUAGGGUCGCAAGUCAACACGGUGAAAAAGGGCGACAUGAUCGUCACGCCUUUCACGACCAGCUGUGGCGACUGCUUCUACUGCAAGAAGGGGAACUCCUCUCGCUGCGCGACAUCCAAGCCCUUUGGAUCCCCGAUCCUCGACGGCGGGCAGGCUGAGUACUGUCGGAUCCCUGACGCCGACUCGACGGUUUUCAAGGCGCCGACCAACAUCGACCAAAACAAGCUUGUCCUCAUGGCCGAUAUCUUCCCCACGGGUUACUUCGCUGCAUCGAAUGCGUUCCGUGGAACCGCCGAGGAAGACAUCGCCGAGAGCGUUGUGCUGAUGAUCGGUUGCGGGCCUGUGGGACUGUGUGCACUGGUCAACGCCCUCGAAUUCAAACCAAAGAUAGUGUUGGCCAUUGAUGGCGUCGAGUCUCGUCUACAACAGGCUAAAGCUCUGGGUGCCGAGCCAUGGAAUUACCAGAAAGACAUGGAGGGGCUGAGGAAGCGGGUAUUGGAGCUUACUGAUGGCCGUGGCGCGGAUACGGUCAUCGAACUUGUCGGGCACAGUGACGCUCUGAGGAUGGGAUUCGAUCUCCUCAGACCAUGGGGUAAUAUUUCCAGCAUCGGCGUCCAUAACGGCGAGAUUCCUUGGUCCGGCGCCGAUGCGUAUAACAAAAAUUUGAGGAUUCAGAUGGGCCGGUGUCCUGUUCGGAGUCUUUUCGAGCCGGCUUUGAACAAUCUCGUCAAGAAUCAACACAAGCUUGAUUUCAUGACGGAGAAUAUCAAGCCUUUGUCAGAAGCCCCUAAGUGGUAUGACGAAUUCAAUAAUAUGAAGGUCCAGAAGAUUGUGUUUGAAGCCGACAAAUAG